AUGGAUUGAGUCAGAGCAACGAACAGAGCAAAUGCAACCAGCUCCUAGUGGCAAUGGAGAUGCAACAGCUUCUGAGCAUGGGGUUCCCAGAUGAGUUAGCAGCCCAAGCCUUAGCUGCUACUGGCGGCAAAUCCACCAUUGAGGCCACCGAAUGGAUCUUCAACCACAAAGCCACUUCUUCUAACCAUGUCUCUAACUCAAACCCUCCUCCAGUUCAGCCAAAACUCGAUCGCUUUUUUAAUUUUCAAUCCAAACUCUCUUCUGCAGUCACAGCCUCAUCACAAGCUUGUCAACAAGAAGAACAAGAAGAUGCAGAUUUAGAUUUAGAAGAAUCAGCACCAAACGUUAAUCCGUCAUCCAAACGUCUCAAACUUUCUCCAUCUAACACCAAACCCGCUUCUCCCGUCUUUCUGAAUCAUUUUCGUGGUCAUAAGAGUGCUAAUAAUGUUUCUAAUGCCAAAUCCCACGAGCCCUUAUAUGAGCGAAUGCGUCCCAGAACCAUUGAUGAUGUUAUCGGUCAGGACCAUUUGGUUGCUUCUAAUUCGCUCCUUCGCUCCGCAAUUGAAUGCGGCCGCCUCCCUUCGAUUAUCUUCUGGGGUCCUCCUGGUACAGGUAAGACUUCUAUUGCUAAAGCAAUCGUGAAUUCAGCAACUUCUUCUCAGAAACAGCAAUGCCCCUCUUAUCGCUUUGUUUCGUUAUCUGCUGUGACUAGUGGUGUUAAAGAUGUGAGGGAUGCCGUUGAUGAGGCUAGGAAAUUGAGAGUUAAGUGUAAGCAAAGAACUGUUCUAUUUGUGGAUGAGGUUCACAGGUUUAACAAGUCUCAACAGGACUCUUUUUUGCCGGUCAUUGAAGAUGGAAGUAUUGUCUUCGUUGGGGCCACUACUGAAAACCCCUCUUUCCAUUUGAUAACGCCUUUGCUGUCUCGGUGUCGUGUACUUACUCUAAACCCCUUGAAACCCCACCAUGUUGUGAUGAUUCUAAAGGGGGCUGUGAAUAAUCUGGACAAAGGAUUGGUGCAGAGCAUUGGUUUUCAAGUUGAUGUAGUUGAAGAUGUAAUUAGUUUUAUAGCCAACAAUUGUGAUGGUGAUGCGCGGGUGGCAUUGAAUGCGUUGGAGAUUGCUGCUGUUACAGCGGCCGCUCGGUCACAAGAUGAUAAGAAGUCUAAGGAUGUCAAAGAAACAGAAGACAUGGAUGGUCUAAUGAGCCAAAAAAAUAGAGUUGGUCCAUCUUAUAAUAUCGUUACUCUGGAUGAUGCAAAAGAGGCGCUUCAGUGCAAGCACCUUGCUUAUGAUAAAGCUGGGGAAGAGCAUUAUAAUCUAAUUAGCGCACUGCACAAAUCAAUGAGGGGAAGUGAUGCCAAUGCUGCAAUUUAUUGGUUGGCAAGAAUGUUGGAAGGAGGCGAAGAGCCUCUUUAUAUUGCACGGAGGUUGAUAAGGUUUGCAAGUGAGGACAUUGGAUUGGCUGAUCCAUCUGCUCUCAAUCAGGCUGUUUCAUGUUACCAAGCCUGCCACUUCUUGGGUAUGCCUGAAUGUAAUGUGAUUCUUGCACAAUGUGUUGCUUAUUUGGCCCUAGCUCCUAAAUCUAUUGCUGUAUAUCGAGCAAUAGAAGCUGCUCAGAAGGUUGUCAAGGAAUCAAUUGGACAGAAUGAGGGAGUGCCUCUUCAUCUAAGAAAUGCCCCAAGUAAACUAAUGGAGGAACUUGGCUACGCGAAGGGAUACAUAUACACUCCCGAUAAUCCCACUUUGGCCCAGAACUAUUUGCCACCCUCACUAAAUGGGUACAUGUUCCUUGAUUGGCCUGACAAGAAUACAUCUGACGGUCAAAAAAGUUCAAAGCAAUGUUGGCAGCUUUCAUAGGUAUGAUAUUGUAAUCGGAUCUGGAUAUAGCUUCACACAUUCAAUGAUGAUAGCAUACAUCUUUCUGAAGUAUGCCCUUCAUGUAAGAUCCAUCUGUGCCUCCCUUCAAGUGAAGUGGCCAGAAAUGAGAAUGAAAAAUGGAAGAAAUCUGUCAUAGUUCGACUGUUUCUGAUAUCUAUUGUUUGGUUACUAAACUUUUGUUUCAGCAAACUUGACACAUUUUUUAUACGAUACGCAAAGUUAGUCUAGCUCAGAUGUAACGGUGUUAGUGCUAUGCAUCAUAAUAUUUAGUUUGUUUUUGUGAUAUAAUAUUGCUCUUCGU